AUGGAUGCUUCCGAGACAAGCACAAGUGCAGCUGCCUCUGUAGCAUGUGUCAACUGCCGAGACAAACAUCUCAAAUGUGACGGUAACCCUGGGGGAUGUAGUCGAUGCCAAACUGCAUCACUGUUUUGCUACUAUGUUCCCUCCCGUCGCGGGCGUAGAGGCCAGCCAAAUGAAUAUGCUAUCCUCGAUGCAUGUUGCGCUUCGAAUAUUGAUGAUCCCACGUUCUUGGACGAAGCAAUACCUACCGUGGGUUCAGGCGAUCUUUCAGCAUCCUACUUGCCAGAGCCUCUAAAAGCCGCACCAGAGAUGAGAAUUCGUCUGAUAAAGGCCUUUUAUGAAUACUUCCACCCUGCACACCCAAUACUACCACCAUUUGAUAUCUGGACUGCGUCUUCUCCUCCUCAAUAUCUGGUGAACAUUAUCGAAUUCAUAGGGCUCCAUUAUCUUUCGCCUGGUCAAAUUCCUCAAUUUUCGACUGAAUUAUGGACGGGUGUCGUCAACGCUGAUCUAUCCUUGGAAAAAGCCCAAGCGUAUCUUUUUCUAAGCAUCAUGUUUCAUGGUCGCAAAGCACCCGAUGGCGCAAAACAAUGCAUUGGCUUGGCUAUUCAAUGCAGCUUCUUACUCGGCCUCCAUUGUCGAGAGAUUUCUGAUACUACCGAAAUGCAGAGCCCCGCUCGCGCGGAGAGCAUGAGGCGGACAUUAUGGGAGAUCUUCGUCGUGGACACCCUCUUGGCUGCUGUGCAACUCGGCGGUACUUUACAAUUCAAUAUGGAGACGCCUGAUGUAUCCCUUCCAUCUGACGAUGCCAAGUUUGAAGAUGGUCACUCUGGCAUUUCUUCUGUAUCUGCGAAAGACCUCGGUCAUCGCGCAUUCUCUGACGAUAGCCACAUGUCGUCCCUCGCUUAUCGUGUUGAAGGAACCCUCAUUCUUCGAAAGUGUGUCAUCGCAUGCGAAACAUAUGCCUGUGAAGAAUCUAUUGAAAUGCUGGACUCUAUGAUAUCGGCUUGGUUUCACAGAUGGCCUAGCGACAAAAGCACCAUUCUCCAAUUUAAUGGCAAUGUAAACCAGGUUGACUUCCAAGCCGCGAUGAUCAUGCAUUGUGCCUCUAUCUAUCUUCAUUUUCCCAAGUCCUUCUUGAUUUCAUAUCUUCCAAAAACCCGGGAAAUAUUUUGUUCGAGACCCCCGCCCGUCGGUUCUCCCUCGCCAAGUCCACAAAUACACACAGCAAAGGUCGUGAACGCUGCUGUCGAACUAUCCAAGCUUGCCUCUCUUUCUACAUCUGUGACUGGCCAUUCACCGUUCUUUGCAUGUACUCUUGUUCUGAGCUCUACAGUGCAGGUUACCGUCUUAUCUGCGCAUAUCGAGAAUUCCAUCGGAAAGCAUUACUCAUAUCUAGCACUGAACAUCGGUGUUCUCAAUUCGAUGGGAAGGAUAUGGAGUAUAGCAGCCUCUUCCUUGGGGAACAUACGAGCUAUUACCCGUGAGGUUGAAGCAGCCUCUACAGAGUCCAGUGAGGGGCUUGUUUCGUCUCUGUCAACGCCGCCUAGGCUUCCAGUAUGA